AUGAUGUCGGCGCCGAUUGCGCUUCAUCUUUCUUCCGGAAUCGUCAUUGCAUCCCCAAGACCCAAGUUGACAACGGAUGACCACCCCAACCAAUCCUCCACGUAUCUCCACCGCCGCCAUGGACCAUCAAACAGUAGCGGUAACAACGGCAGCAUCGCAUCGCCCCCAUACGCGUCCGAACAGCACCCAAAUCCUCACUCGUCCUGCUGCUGCACAGCAGCUCCCACACCCCAUCAACAGCCCCAGUUCGAGCGAGAGCGACGAAGCAGCUGCAUUCCACGACGUAUAUCGCGAGCUGGUACGAUGGCGAGAGCAGUUGCGAGCGCACGCAGCGCUCGUGGAAGCGGAGCAGCGCCGACUCCAGAAGCAACGUGUCGCCGCCGCAGAGCUGCAGGACAAACUGGAUGUCGAGCGCGCGCAGCUCCUGGCGGAGCAGCGGCGAUGGGAGGAGCAGAACAAGCAACGGCAAGAGGAGCAGCAGCAAGAGGAGCAGCAGCAAGAGGAGGAGCAGCAGCUCGAUCUGCUUCCCAAAGGGCACCGCGUGUACAUCCAGCAAUUGCGCAAUACGGGCAGCUCGAGCGACAAGAAGGCAUUUCAGCAGGCAUGCAAGGCGGCGGCGCGCGAAGGCCUCGAUGUCGCUGCGGUGGAGGAGCAGGUGCGUGCCAUAUCCACUGCAGUACGCGACAGACGCACCUACGCGGCCUUGGAUGGCUUGGGCAAGGUGCAUGAGCUGCUGCUGGCGGGACUGCCGGCGCGGCUUUGAGACCAUCACCUGCGCUGCUCUUCUUCUCCCGUAGAUCUUGGACAGCACAGAAGCACACCACCGCACAAAUGCAGCGGUACGAACAUCACGACUUACGACGCAACGAUGCCAGGACGUCAGCCCUUGCGACCCGCUCAGAGCACAUCUCACGCCUUCUCGCCGACCUGAACCCGAGGCUUCUGCGCAGCAUUCUCGCGGAGACACCCUCAUGUCAUUGAGCGCGAGGCAUUGCCGGCAACGUGCUCAGCGAAGGGUCAUUCGCAUCAUCUGCCCACAUUACUUUGUACUCCAUAGCUUGCAACAACCACUCGCCGCCAAUGCAGCCCGACAGCCACCGGUCAAGUGCCGUUCACGUGCCAUGGUCUUACUAUCCCGCAGCGCCCUAAAUGUCUUCCCAACGCACGCAGCUUGAGAUUUCUCCUUGAGCCAUUGCUUAUCCCCGUCGACCGCCGUGACCAGUCA